AUGAGUUCAUAUUUCGUCAACUCGCUCUUCUCCAAAUAUAAAAGCGGGGACUCGUUACGUCCGAACUACUACGAGUGCGGGUUCGCGCAGGACCUGGCUGGCAGCCGGCCCACCGUGGUGUACGGCCCGAGCUCCGGCGCCACCUUCCAGCACGCUCCGCAAAUCCAGGACUUCUACCACCACAGCGCCUCGACGCUGCCCAGCAACCCAUACCAGCAGAGCCCGUGCGCGGUCACAUGCCACGGUGAACCGGGGAACUUCUACGGAUACGACGCCUUGCAGCGGCAGACACUUUUCGGCGCCCAGGACGCGGAUCUGGUUCAGUACAGCGACUGUAAGCUGGGAGGCGCGCCCGGACUCGGGAGCGAGGACGCGGAGGGCACCGAGCAGAGUCCCUCGCCGACGCAACUCUUCCCUUGGAUGAGGCCGCAAGUAGCUGCUGGCAGGAGGCGGGGCCGCCAAACCUACAGUCGCUACCAGACCCUGGAGCUGGAGAAGGAGUUCCUGUUCAACCCCUACCUGACCCGGAAACGCCGUAUCGAGGUGUCGCACGCGCUGGCGCUGACGGAGAGGCAGGUGAAGAUCUGGUUCCAGAAUCGGAGGAUGAAGUGGAAGAAGGAGAACAACAAGGACAAGUUCCCCAGUAGCAAGAGCGAACAGGAGGCAGUGGAGAGGGAGAGGAGGGAGAAGGAGCUGCGGGAUGGCGGUAGCGGCGGAGGUGGCGGUGGUGCAGGAGGAGGAAGUGGAGAAGGAGGUGGUGGAGGAGGCUCGGUGGCAGGCACAGCGGGGUCACAGGCUUCUGUGAACGACGAUUGCUGCGAGAAAAGCCACAAGCAAAUGUAG